AUGGCUCCCGAUCGUCAGAAUUCCUGUCCGCGCCUUGCGUCAGCCCCGCCGAAAGGAUCGCCCCCCCUAGUCAAACCACUCGCGCCCCAGAGGCCUCAUGGAGUCCCGCCUCAGGCUCGGGCCUUGGCCCCCAAAGAAAGCCACUCCGACGUGUUUGAGAUGGGCUUAGUUCCCGGACCCGUCCUACUGCCCCCAGGCGCUGGACAGCCUCAGAAAGAGGACAAGUCUGCAUGGAAAGAUAAUCGCACAACUGAGCCUUCUGGGAGAUGUAGUUCGGAGCUGGGAAGGUGGUUGGACCCUCCGAAAGUCAUCUUAAUUGCUCUCACAGAUAAGCCGGCGCUGGGCUGCCGGCCUGAGUACUGUGCGCCCAGAGUGCGCAGGCGCAAACAUCCUGGGUUGCUGUUUUGGCCUCUUUGUUCGGGCGUGAAUUUUGUUUAUUGCUCCUUAGUGCAGAGGGGUUAUGGGACCAGAGGUUGUGAGACUCAAAACUGGUUGGGGAUGCAGAAGGGGUGUAGACCAGGAACCUGCGACCUGAUGGGGGGAGGUCGAAGGGAAAGGAAUCGCCAAACGUGGGACGGGUUUGGAGAGGCAGAAAGAGAGGAGUCUGAAAUUGCAAAGGGCAGGUGUUAUUCUGACUUCUGUGUGCUUUGUGAUAAAUGAGUGGGACAGGAAGUAAGAGGAGUUUCACCUUCUCCUUCUGCAAUUAUUUGUGUACUUGGACUAAGUGUAUCUCAUGGCCAGUAUUUGACUGCUUUUGACCUAUAAAGGUAUUGUAUACACAGUCAUGCAUAGUUUAAUAAUAAGGAUAUAUUCUGGCCGGGUGCGGUGGUUCACGCCUGAAAUCCCAGCACUUUGGGAGGCUGAGGGGUUCGAGACCAGCCUGGGCAACAUGGUGUAAACCCCGUCUAUACUAAAAAUGCAAAAAUUAGCCGGGUGUGGUGGUGCGCGCCUGUAGUCCCAGCUACUCGGGAGGCUGAGGCAGGAGAAUCGCUUGAACCCAGGAGGCAGAGGUUGCAGUGAGCCAAGAUUGCACCACUGCACUCCAGCCUGGGCGACAGAGUGAGACUCGGUCUCAAAAAAAAAAAAAAGGAUACAUUCUGAGAAAUGCAUUGUUGGGCAAUUUCGUCAUUGUGUAAUAAUUUCAUCAUUAUAGAGUGUAUUGACACAAACCUAGAUGGUAUAGCUGACUGAACACUUAGGCUAUAUGGUAUAACCUGUUGCUCCUAAACUACAAAGCUAUACAGCAUGUUACUGUACAGAAUACAGUUGGAACACUGUAGGGACCAGCCCUACAAGGUCUGUGGGUUUUUCUCCCCAUGUGCAGAGACGAGAGGUGGUAGAAAUAAAGACACAAGACAAAGAGAUAAAAGAAAAGACAGCUGGGCCCGGGUGAGCCACUACCACCAAGACACAGAGACUGAUAGUGGCCCCGAAUGCCAGGCUGCGCUGUUAUUUAUUGGAUACAAGACAAGGGGGCAGGGUAAGGAGUGUGAGCCAUCUCCAAUGAUAGGUAAGGUCACGUGGGUCACAUGUCCACUGGACAGGGGGCCCUUCCCUGUUUGACAGCUGAAGCGGAGAGAGAGAGAGAGAAAACAGCUUACGCAUUAUUUCUGCAUAUCAGAGACUUUUAGUACUUUCACUAAUUUUGUUACUGUUAUCUAGAAGGCAGAGCCAGGUGUACAGGAUGGAACAUGAAAGCGGACCAGUAGUGUGACCACUGAAGCACAGCAUCACAGGAAGACGGUUAGGCCUCCAGAUAACUGCGGGCAGGCCUGACUCAUGUCAGGCCCUCCACAAGACAUGGUGGAGUAGAGUCUUCUCUAAACUCCCCGGGGAAAGGGAGACUCCCUUUGCUGGUCUGCUGAAUAGCGGGUGCUUUUCCUUGGCACUGACGCUACUGCUAGACCACAAUCCGCUUGGUAACAGGCGUCUUCCCAGACGCUGACGUUCCGCUAGACCAAGGAGCCCUCUGGUGGCCCUGUCCAGGCAUAACAGAGGCUCACACACUUGUCUUCUGGUCACUUCUCACCAUGUCCCUUCAGCUCGUACCUCUGUAUGGCCUGGUUUUUCCUAGGUUAUGAUUGUAGAGUGAGGAUUAUUAUAAUAUUUGAAUAAAGAGUAAUUACUACAAA